AUGGAGUUCUUCCAGAAGGCAGCACUGAAUGUCAGAGACAAUGUCGGGGAAGAGGUGGACGCGGAGCAGCUGAUCCAGGAGGCCUGUCGGAGCUGCCUGGAGCAGGCUAAACUACUGUUUUCAGAUGGAGAAAAAGUAAUACCCAGAUUGACCCAUGAGCUUCCAGGGAUAAAGCGUGGCCGACAGACAGAAGAGGAAUGUGCCCAUCGAGGAAGCCCCGUUCCCAAAAAGAGGAAGGGACGGCCUCCUGGACACAUGCUGUCAAAUGAUCGGGCAGCCGCCGGCAUGGUAUGGAAACCAAAAUCCUGUGAACCAAUUCGCCGAGAAGGCCCCAAGUGGGACCCAGCCCGGCUGAAUGAAUCUACCACGUUUGUGCUGGGAUCUCGAGCCAACAAGGCCCUGGGAAUGGGGGGCACCAGAGGAAGAAUCUACAUCAAGCACCCGCACCUCUUUAAGGUAGGUGAGUGCUGCGAGUCAGGCAGGCCGUUGCAGUGUGUGCGGUGGGAGCUGUGGAUGGCACAGAGAAGCUUGGAACAAACACUGAUCUGGGAGUCAGGACUUCUGUGUUCUAGUUACCCCUCUGCCCUUAACCUUUACCUUUUGUAAUUUACUGAACAUUCUGCCCCUCAAUAACAACUGCUUUCCUUGUGUGCUUAUUGCGGACCAAACCGGGUUUCAGGUGCUGCACUUUAUCUCAGGGAGCUAUCCUUUAAAACAGAGAUGGCUCUCAUUGUUUUACAAAUUAAA